AUGGACCCUCUCAUAUUAAUGCAAACUUUAUUCAAUCGGGUGUUGGACCUCAUAUCUCAAUGGGGCUCCAAUAAUCUUGUUGAGUUCAAUGCCAAGAAAACACAGGUGUGCGCGUUCACGGCAAAAAAGACACCAUUCCUUCCCCUUCCUUCUCUUCAGGGCACACCACUUAGCCUACAGAGCAGCAUUAGCAUGCUCGGUACGGAGAUUCGCUGCGAUCUGAACCAGAGGGACUACAUUGAAGCCGUGAUAAAAACAGCUUCACGUAAACUCGGUGUCCUGAACAGAGUGCGACGCUUCUUCGCGCCGGAUCAGUUGUGUCUCUUGUAUAAGACACAAGUGCGAUCGUGCGUGGAGUAUUGUUCGCACCUCUGGGACGGUUCCGCUAAGUACCUUCUCGAUGCCUUGGACAGAUUGCAGCGGCGCGCUAUACGCAUUAUCGGCAAUGCAGAGGUCACUAAUACUCUCGAACCUCUGCAAUUGCGUAGAGAUAUUGCGUCACUCAGCGCUUUCUACCGUUUAUACCACGGCGAGUGCUCUGAAGAACUCUUUGACCUUAUCCCACCUUCUCCCUUCCUCCAUAGGAGCACGCGUGCUGCUCUCCGGAGUCACCGCUAUACUGUCUCUAGCAUUCCAUCGCGCACAAAGAAAUUUGGUGACUCGUUUCUUUGUCGCACUUCCAAAAGAUGGAACAAUCUACCAGCACACGUAUUUCCUCCUUCCUAUGACAUGGGGUCCUUCAAGCGAGGCGUGAAGAAGCACCUUGUAGGCCGGCAGGGUGAGGGCGACUGA